UCCUGUCUUCUUUAAACAGGACGCCGAUAAAUUGAAUGAAGAGGGAUGACCAGCAGCGGUUUCGCUCUGGUUUUUUUCAUUCUCUGCUUCUCACAUCAACAGAGCACGUUCCAAACUACACGAUGGCUUUAGUGUCGCUUCCCGGGUUCAUUGUUUUCGUUGCAGUUCUUGCAACCGGAAGAUCUGAGAACCUCACCGUUAAUUGCUUUAUGGAUGUCCACGGUAAUUGUGACAAACAGUUCUCCCUUAUCUUUCAUUCUGACAAACCUCUUUACGCAUGGACUGACGAAGAACUUUCAAUUUACUGCAGGGAGAUUGCGGAUAAUAUUGAUUGCAAGCAGGAGUAUUUGAAACAAUGCACCAAUGAAACUACCCUCUUCUUUUUUGAAUCAGCAACACAAGGUAUAAGGGAUCUGGCUGUGGAUGUCUGCAACGAAACAUCAGAUAUGAGAGCAGAUUUCAGAUCGCACAUAGGAUGUAUAAAGAAUGCUCUGUACGAUGCAGGAUGUGCGGCAUCAUCUAAACGGCGAAGUGAGAUAGAAAUGCCUGAUAAUUCAGAAGACAUGACAAGCGGCGAAAGGAGAGUGAAACAAUUAUGCAGUCACCUGGAAUUAUUUCUUGAAUGCAUCACUACAAAAGUUGAAAGGUCUUGUGGCCGGAAUGCGACGAACUUUGUUGGAGCAGCUAUCAGCCGAACUUUUGAUACACUACAAAGGCAUUUAUGUGUAGAGGGAAAAUGGAACGAUUUAUUUAUGGUCUUAGAAUUUGCGAAGGAAACAUUUGAAAAUAACGAAAUUGUGUAGGUUAUUGCUACAAAAAAUAUUUGAAUGAAAAUAUGUAGGUUAUUGCUACAAAGACUUUAAAAAGCUUUAUAGUUUCAGUAUUGGUAGUAUUAUAUUUUUUAACUCCAGAUAGAUCAGCUCCAGAAUAUUUAGUUGGUAAUUUUUGUGGUGUGCUGCCCUUAAAAUAGUAAGAUAUUAAGAUUAUAAUGGCAAUGGACAAGAGCUCAGUUCAAGCUCAUGGAUUAUCUACGAAAUAAAACACGAAGGUGAAAAAUGCAAUUGUGUCUCUUGUUUUUGUCCAUUUAAAAUAGAGAGAAGUCAAAUCCCUAUGGGAUUUGAUGGAUUGGUCCAUCAUUCAUCGAAACCAAACCGAAACAGGCUGUAAAAGAUAAGACUGCCCCUACAUUCUGGGCAAACUGUGUUCAGAUUACAUAUCCAUGGAGUAGACUCUGCUGAAGACUUUGAAGCAAGUAAAAAAAAAAAAAAAAUAUUUUAAAUUUAGAAUGCAAGAGAAGACAGCUUAGAUUUCUUUAAAAGCGAGUUGUUUAUAAAAACUUCUGAAGUGCCAGAUUCUGUUUAGAUCAAGAUGAAGAGCAAUAUAGAUUAUUUAUGACAUUUAUUUUACUUGUGCAAAAUUGAAAAAGGAGAACUAUUCCGAAUUAUCUAAAUUGUUUAUGAUUAUUCUCAAUGUUAUGUAUUUUUGAUAAAUUUUGGAUCCUUGAUAUGGCAGAUUAGAAAUUGUUUAUAAAAAACUAUCGAUUAUUUGAGGAUCUUAAACUUGCUUUGUACUUGGCUCUGUGUCAUGUGAAUCAAAAUAAUAAAAGUUUUUUUUAUGUUCA